AUGGACGCUAAAACGAAUUUGGAAAAGGCUUUGGCCCUGAAUCGUCAAUUGCAGCAACAACUCUAUACAGUUCGUGAAAAAAUUGAAAAACUUUUAAAAAAUGUCAAAGAAAUUUACGAAGCAAACGAAGAACUGGUUCGCAGUAGCGUUACAUCCUCGAAAAAGAAGGGUGUUGGAAUGCGUGGAGCAUACUUGAAGGGUGGAACAUUCUACUUGAAAGGUAGUAUGUUCUUUAAGGAUUUCGAUUGUCGCAAUUGUCCCGACAAUGCAGAUUAUCAUGCUCGCCGACGGGAAGGUGAAAUGUUUCCCCGAGAUUUGGAUUUGAAAAGCCGACACUUAUGGUCGUAUAAGGAUAAAAAGGACUUAUUGGAUGCCAUAAAAGAACAGAUAAUUGAACACUUAAAGACAAUUGGCCGAACCACAGACGACGUUGGCAAAGAAAUGAAUAGUGAGAAGCUAAUUACAUUACUACAAAUGGUUUCAAGCGAAUUUCGCAUUGAUUGGGAUGUUAUAUCCAAACAUAAUCUGCAACAUCGCCAUUCAAUAACAAGCUGUGAGGCCAUAUGGAAUCUCUAUCUUCAUCCAUCAUUGAAACGUUCAUCUUGGACCGAUGAAGAAAAUAAUAAACUUUCCGAGAUUGCUAAGAAAUAUAAUUAUCAAAAUUGGCAAGCUAUUGCAAAUGAAAUUGGUAGAAGAUCCGAGUUUCAGUGCUUUGUGCAAUAUCAGAAUUAUGUUGUCUAUAUGACAUAUGAAAAAACCUGUAAAUGGACCAAGGAGGAUGAUGAACGCCUAAUUGAGGUCAUCGAAAGAAAUACCAUAAAUGAUCAAAUCAAUUGGAGCAAUGUUAUGGUGCACUUUCCACAUAGGGCCAGGACAACGUUACAGUGUCGAUAUGCAUAUUCACUAAAUCCACGGAUUAGUAGAAAACCCUUUACACCCGAAGAAGAUCUUUUGUUGCUGGCAGCAGUCAAAGAAUAUGGCGCCAAAUUUUCCUAUAUUCCUCGUACACUUUUCCCCAAUCGCACAACCGUACAGCUGCGUUCACGUUAUCACAACGUGUUGAUGCACAGACACAAACAACAACCUUGGACACUGGAAGACGAUACAAAAUUAAUGGAUUUUGUAACUCAACAUGGUCCAACAUCUUGGAAGAAAUGUUCAGAAUAUAUACAAAAUCAUUCACGUAUAAGUUGUCGUACACGAUUUAUGGUAAUAAAGAGAUUUUUUGAAAAGAAUCCUAAUGCCAGUCUCGCCGAUUUGGUAAGAAUAAAGAAAAAACGAUAUUCUUAUGUCGAUACGGAAAAUUGGACAGAAAAACUGCGAGAGUUACAGGAAAAUCCCGAUGAACCAUUGGUAAAACCUUUAAAAAGACAGCGACAAAAGAAACCGAAAAUUAAAAAAGAACCAAGGGAAAAAGUUGAAAGGAAAAGGAAGCGGAAACCAAGACCACCCAAACCAAAAAAACCACCAGCUGUAAAACCGCCGCCUGAGCCAAAACCAAAAAAACGUCGGCAGCGGAAAAUCUAUAUUAGACGUCUGCGAAAAAAUGGUUUGAUUUUGUAUAAUAGCGUAAAAUAUGCAUACGAUUAUAAAUUGGGUGUAGAUCCGGUUACAAUCAACUGCGGAAAUUAUAGUAAAUUACAUUUUGUACGUCAAGCAUUGCAAUUAAAGGAUCGCGACGAUGGCAAAUAUCAUCGUUACGAAGACCCCAUACCCAGACCAAUACGUUAUAGACUUAAGAAUGCCCUGGAAUCAAAGAAUAAUAAUAAAGAUAUCGAAAUACCCAAUGGAUUUUCAUUGCCGACAAGUUGGUCCACAGCAAUGGCAUUUCGUGCCUUAUGUAUACACACAGCACGUUCUGAUCUUGAAACUGUACCGUCACCUAAUACGGAUGAUUCAAACGAACACAUACAACUGUUUCGUCAGCGUUUUCGUACAUUAUUCUAUACUACGGGUUUACUGAGUCGUAUACAUCCAAAAAUGGUUGGUAUCGGGGACUCAUUGGAACAGGAUAUUCAAAAUACAUCACUUGAAAUAAUUAACCCAGAUGAUUCAAUAGAUACUUCGCUAAGGUCAACAAAUGAUGAAACAUCAUCUCAAGUAAAUAAUCAAGAUGUCGUUAAUGAUUCAUGUGAUAAACGUAAAACUGCUGAUUGCGAUGAUGAUGAUAACAAUGGAAUUGAGGAACCAAUUUCCAAACGCAUGAAAAUUUCACCACAAAAGAAGCUGUCAUUGGUUGAUCAAAUAUUAAGCAUUAAACGAAAAGAACCAGCACCGCCCCUAGAAAUAUAA